AUGGUCUUUGAUGUACCAGGAACUGGUGAAGAUGAGAUAAAAACGAGUCCACAGAGGUUGGUCGAUUCUGCGACUCCUCGCAGCUCAGGCCAUACGCGACAAUACACAUGCCACUGUGCUGAGGGGUGUGGCCAGAACAACAUCAACGAAUACAGAUGUCAGUCGUGUGUGGAAGGAUUCUACGGACCGUAUUGCCAGAAGGAAAACGUCGCUUUACACAGGACGACUACUCAAUCACCAGAGUGCUCGGGUUAUGAAGCUGGCGCCUCUCUAGCUGUGGAUGGUAACACUACGACAAUAUUUGGAAACGUUCGAUAUAAACACAAAUGCACGUGUGCUCGGGACGUAUCCCCUAUGCCUACACAGUGGAGAGUUGAUUUGAGAAAACAGUAUCAACUUCACAAGAUACAAAUAUUCAACACGAAGGGAAAUGAAAAUAGACUCUGGGGAUUCAAGAUUUACGUUGAUAACAGCAACACACCGUGUUACAGGUGGACAAGUCGGUAUGCACUACCAGAAGUGUUUAAUGUAACCUGUGACGCACAGGGACAAGUUGUAAAGUUUCAACUGCCAGGAUCUACAUUCCUUCAGUUGUGUGAAGUUCAGAUUUUUGAUACUAAGCUGAUAUCUUCGGUAAAGCUUCACCGCGUAGAGUUACAGAUCACGUUCGAGCUUAAUGGUUCACAAUGUAAGAAAAUGGUCUUAUCGAGCUUAAAAGAAAACGCUAGCAGACAACGAUUGUCAGAGAAUGAAAUUAGCCAGAUGAGUUGUGGCUUUGAGAAAUUGUGGAAUAGUAAAAUGUGUUCAGAUGAUUGGUAUGGUGACAACUGUGAUAAAACGUGUAACUGUCAAAAUCAGAAUGUGGUGUGCAACAAAACGACAGGAGCUUGUGACACCUGUGUUGACAGAUAUUGGGGUCCGUCGUGCACAAAGCAGUGUAGCUCAACUUGUAAAGACUCCUCCUGUGACAAAGGGAACGGAAAUUGUCUGUGUACGUAUUGGCAUGUCUUGAUGGGUAUUGGGGUCCGUUUUGCAACAAGAGUUGUGCGAGGAAUUGUAAAGACGCUUCCUGUGAGAAACAAUACGGGAAUUGUAUAUCCUGUCGAGAUGGAUACUGGGGUCCGUUUUGCAACGAUAAUUGUGGCAGGAAUUGUAAAGAAGCUUCCUGUGAGAAACAGUCCGGGAAUUGUCAAUGUACCCUGCGUUGAUGGAUAUUGGGAUUCGCACUGCACAAAGAAGUGUCCCAAUAAUUGUGGAGUAGAUACCUGUGAUAAAGUAACCGGAAGUUGUCCCUGCGCUGAUGGAUACUGGGGUCCCUCUUGCAGUAACAGAUGUGGUUAUUGCAUAGGAUCUUCAUGUAACAAACAGGACGGGAGUUGUCAGUGUCGGACUGGAUGGGCUCCACCGACAUGUGCAUUGUGUGACCAAGGCUAUUAUGGAACCAACUGCAGUGAGACGUGCGGUUACUGUGUAAAUGGCAGCACAACAUGUCACAACGUGACUGGGCGUUGUCCUGGUGGUUGCAGUGCUGGAUGGAGAGACGACACGUGUAAAAGAGCAUGCGAAGAUGGUUAUUAUGGUGAUAAAUGCAACAACAGUUGUGGUCACUGUUUAAAUGGCAACACAACAUGUAACAAAGUGACAGGAUAUUGUCAUGCUGGGUGCGGUGCUGGAUGGAAAGGAGAUACCUGCAAGAUAGAAUGCAGCAACGGAACACAUGGAACAAACUGCGAGCAAAUCUGUAGCAAUUGCAAGGAGUCAAACUGUGAUCGUUUUAAUGGUACAUGUUUUGAUGGGUGCAUUGCCGGGUAUGCCAACCCCGGCACUGGAUGUGUAGAGACAUGUAUGUAUAUGUAAUUGCCGUACCUUAUAUACUGUUGGUAUACAAUUCCCAAAGUUGAUUUUAAAAACUCCUACCAAUUAUA